AUGGUUGCGCAGGAAGACUCGGGCCCCCGCGGAGCCUGCGCCUUCCGUUCAGGCCAGAUUGUCUGGUGGGAACAUCGUCAGUUCGGAGACGACGUCUGCAGAGGAAGGCCGUGCCUGCCCCGUCUGCCUCGAACGUCGCGCAAGUCAAACCAACCGACCGGAUGGGUUCAUCCCCUAUUUACAUCAGGUCGCAAACAUACACCUUCUCCGAGGACCGCUGACCUCACACGAGAGCGGCCUCUCCUCAGUUGGCGAGCGUUUCUCGUCGCCUUAGAGGUUGCCAAUGCAGGUGACAUGGGCACUUGGCGUCUCCCCACUAGUCGUUCCGAAAAGAUCGAGCGGUUACCUCAGCAGUGGAGGACCGAGGACUGGUCUGAAUAUUGGGAGAGAAACUCCAGCGGUCGGACGUUGAGUAGCUGA